AUGCCGAGCAAUCCACUGCCCAUGAACCUCCCAGCCGAGUGCCGAAAGGCGCAGAAGAUCUUCCAGUCCUUCGUCGACCCCGUCAAUGGACUCGACCAUAUCAUUCCGCCGUCUGUCCUGCGCCGCGCAAAGGGCUUCUGCUUCAUGUCGGUCGCCAAAGCCGGCUUCGUCUUUUCCGCCCGAGCAGGGUCGGGGAUCGUCAUCGCGCGACUUGAGGAUGGGACGUGGUCUGCGCCGUCUGCUGUCGGGACUGCGGGAGGAGGCGUAGGCUUCCAGGUCGGCGUCGAGGUUGCCGAGUUUCUGAUCAUCCUCAACUCGCGGGCCGCCGUCAAGAGCUUCAUGUCGGCCGGCAGUAUCACGGUUGGCGGCAACAUGUCCAUAGCAGCUGGUCCCCUCGGUCGAAACGUCGAAGGUACCGGCGCCCUCUCCGCCAAGGGUAAAGUCGCGGCGAUGUACUCGUACUCGCGCUCGAAAGGUCUCUUCGGCGGCGCGAGUGUGGAAGGCAGCAUCAUCGUCGAGCGAAGUGACGCGAAUGCGAAGGCGUACGGUUCCAACGUCACGGUUACGCAACUCCUGUCCGGCCAGGUCGAGCCGCCUCACUGGGCUACCGGGCUGAUCAGUACCGUCACCCGCCUCGCAUCGGGUCUUCGCUCCCUCCCCGGCGGCGGCUGGGGCCUCGACUCGCCCCUCGACUCGCCCUACACCCCUUCCUCCGACAUCGAGAACGACGAAGAAGGGUACUUCUCCCGAGCACGUAUUGAGCGCGAAAAGGCUCGGAGGGAGAAGGAGGAACGGGAUGAUGUUGGAUUGACACCGCGCGAGUAUGCGGAGAACGGCUACGCGUUCGGGAGCUCGUAUGCUGCUGGAGGAAGUGCGAGCGGGAACGGGAGCGGGAUUGGGACGCCGGAAAAGGAGAAGAGUCAGAUUCGGGCGGUGCUGGGAUCGGUUGGGCGAAGCAGGUCCGGGUCUGGCGCUUCCUCGACAAAGAAGUCCUCUUCGCUCGCCAACAACUCGUACACGCCGCCUGCGACAGACGACCCCUUCGCCGAAGGACCGGUCCCCACAGGCGAAGCGAGGUUCGAGACGCACUUUUCCAGCGAAUUCGACUUUGCGGCUGCGCAACGCGAAGGACUCGCCCUUCGACCGCCCGACUCGCUCGGCAUGGGCCGCGGAUCGUCCACGUCGGGCGUCAAGAGCCCGCUGCCGGGGACGAAGGAGGCAGACUUGACGGACUUUGGCGGCGACGACUACGGGAAGGACGACUUGCGGUCUUCCUCGCCCGCUCGUCAGGGCAACAGAAGCCGCUCGGGGUCCGGCACGUCGUGGUUCAGCGGCGGCAACAAGACGAGCAAGCCUAAGCUUACGAAGAGCCGGAGCUCGACUGUCUCGAACGGGCUGCGAGAACGGGCUGAAGCGAUGCAGUGGGGCAACGAGCAGCCUGCUGAGCGACGGUUCGGGCGGAGGGAGAGCGGAGAUUCGCUUGAUGACGAGUACGAGCGGUACAAGGAGCGCGAGAAGGAGAAGGCUAGCGGAGGGAGGUUCAGGGCUUCGACUGUCGCCGCACCGAGCGCGAGUGGGCCCGUGACCGCUUUCGACCGCGCCGCCCUGUCCAACCAAACCCGCAAUCGCUCCGCCUCUUCUCCCCUCGCCGCUCCAUCCCGAACCUCCCCCUUCGAUUCGACCUCCUCUCUCUCCUCCGCCGCUUCAAAAGACGACCCCGUCCCGCGCUCCUCACGCAACGCGUACUCCGCCAAACCUUGGGACAGCGAAGACGAGUCCUUCGUCGCUCCGUCUCCCUCACCCGCUCGCUCGCCCAACCGCUCGCGGUCCGGUACGACCGCCUCGUCCGCUGCUGCACGCGCAGCAACCGCGAACCUCGACCUGCGUCAAGUCGAAGCGGACUUUGCGGGCGUGAUGGACUUGUCGAAGCAUGGUGGAGCGGGAGAAGUGGGGAGUUAUUCGAACGGGACAAGGAGUAGGAGUUCGACGAUUGGAGGGGCGGGAACGCCGGUGGGACGGAGCAGGAGCGGGACGGGGACUAGUACGCCUGGUGCUGGCGGAAUAGGGAGGGUCGUCGCGCUGUACGACUUUCCGGGUGUCGAGACGACCGACCUCCCGUUCAAGAAGGGAGACGUCAUCACGAUCCUCGCGAAGGACGACGAGGAGUGGUGGAAGGGGAGGCUCAAGCUGCGCGAAGGGAUGCUGCCGCGCAACUAUGUCGAGGAGCUGUAG